UGUGCGUGCCGCGAGCGAGGAUCGUCGAGUCGAGUCGAGUGAAUAGAAUAUCCAGAAACGUGGCUUGAAAUCUUCGAGUGAAAUCGGAGCUAAGCUGCAAGCGAAAGUAUUGCAGUUCUGCAAGUGAAAUAAACACACACCAAAGCUCAAGGCAUGUGCGAACUACGAAAACUGAAAAUAAUGCCGCACAGUGCUCAAAACGUAAAUUAAGCCACCAGCAACAGUGGUGCAAAAACAAAUAGAAAAAACCAUCUUUUACCAACAUUUGAAGUGGCGCACGAGGAGACAACGACCACAACAUGACCCGCUUUCGCAUAAAAAACCUGAAAAUCCUCUCCUGCUGCCUCAGCCUGUGGGUGGUGCUCUUCGGCGGAGCCCUGCACCUGGCGCAGGGCAGCGAGUUCCCCGAGCGCGAGUGCUGCGACCUCACCACCACCUCCACGGUGGGUCCGCUGCCCAUGCCGCCCGCCGCGCUGCCCACCGACAAGUCGCUCUCCUCGGCCACAACGGCCUUGGAGACGGAUCUGGCCAUCGGACGAUCGGGUUCCACCAUUAAGGGCGUCGUGGCCAUUCUGAAUUGUAUCCUAGCACGUCAGCUGUGCUUCGAGGAUCCCUCAUGUUCGGCCAUUUUGGAAAUUAUACCGCGCGUCUGCGGGCCCAUUCCAGUGUCCUGCAGCACGGUGACGGUGACCAAGUGCCAGGCUGCCCUGCGCACCCUGCAGGCCUUCCAGUUCUUCCGGCCCACCUGCCUGUGUAAGGAGCCCGGAAUGGAUCCCGACUGCAAUCACUUUCGGGACUUUCUCUUCGAUCAUCCGUGUGGAUUUGUGCUAAAGAAAGCCGAAAAGGAUCCGUACCCCAUUGAUGCCCUACCAACUUGCAACCAUGCACUCUCCGUCUGCCAACAAGAACGCAAAUGUCUAAAGCUCUUCGAGGACUUCAAGACGCAUUGCAAAGUGCGCGACAACAAGUGCAAAAUGGAAAACAGGGACGCCUGCCACGACUCCUGGACCAAUCUGCGGCUGUCGCCCAUGUUCGGAUGCAUCUGCCCGAACAACCAUAUGAAAAAGCGCUGUGAUCGUAUCUUUAAUAUUGUUAAUCACAAUCCGUGCGUGGAUAGACUAAUAUUUUUCCCCAACGGGCUGCCGAAAUUGAAGCAGCCCAGGCCGAAGGCAAAGCCGCGGCCAAAACCCAAAGCGAAAUCCAAGCCCAAGCCGAGGCAGAGGCAGAGGCACCAUGGCAUGAAUGGCACGGAGCUCAUGACCAACAAUAUCGAGUACCACGACGAGCCCAACGGAUUGAACGAUCCGGAGGACGAGGGCAACGAGGCCGAGGACGAGGAUCCCGGCGGCCAUGGGGAUGAGGACGAGGACGAGGAGGACGACGACGACGACUAUGAUGACCGCAUACGAGCCGAGAUUUAUUCGAAUUACCCGCACUACCUGCAUCCGCCGUCGUGGGGCAUCAACAAUCCUCUGGUCCUGGCCUCGCACAGUCCGCACACUCUGGACGACGACGACGACGUGGUGGUGGAGGUGGUGGUCAACAAGAAGCCGCCGCCAGUUACGGUGCACCACCACAAUGGCGAGCUGGACCACGACGUGGUGGUGGUGGUGGAUGCCGGGCCGCACUCCCACUCGCACCCACACUCGCACACCUUCUACAGCCACGGCGAUCAGAGCUCGACGACGGGAUCUGGACUUCCGGGUCCCGCACCCACGAUUCCCAGCCCACCUAACACUGGCACCAAAAUGCACAAAACAGCACCACUCGGCGAUUUAGUCGCCGGCAGCGAUAUAACCCACCGCACCUACACAGGACCCUCCAUGGACGAGCGAGUAAGAAUAUUGGGCAUGGACGAGAAACUGCAUCAGAGAAUCUUCAAUGAUAAUCUGGCCCUAAUUGAUACGCCACUUAUUGCCAUGGGCUCCGGCUCCGGUUCCGGCACGGUCACCACUUCCGUUUCCGGUUACGGUCUGGGCAUGGGCAUGGGUCUAUCCGGCAGCUUUAACUAUCUGGGCUCGAUGCACGGCGUGCCCAGCUAUCCGUUCAAUAUAAGCGGCUUCCAUCAGCGGCACAUGGCAGCGGCGGCUGCCGAUAAUGAACCAUUCGAUAUCAUUGAUACGGGCUUGGGCUACGGCGGAAACGGAAAUGCCGGUGUUUACUACCAAAGUGGUCAGGAUGUCGAAGUUGACCUCUCAACGGAAAUAAUCAAGCAACACUUUCAGAGUACCUGUCACACGGCACUGGACACCUGCCGGGAAGAUCCGUCCUGCUCAUCGUCGUUGCAGCCAAUGCUGACGCACUGUGAGCUGCACCGGUGCAAUCGCAACGCGUGCAUGUCCUCGCUGCAGGCCUUCUACAAGGGCCCCCACGAGGACCUCAAUCUGGACAUCGCCUUUUGUCUAUGCAAAAAAACAAGCAGCAGCCAGCAGAACGGCAAUGGCAAUCGGCACGACAUGUGCAUGAUUGCACAGGAAAAACUGCAUCCAGUGUGCGCGCAGCGACCGCCCGAUAACAGUAAUCCGGCCAGCUCCAAUGGCAUUUACUACCAUCCACCGCCCGCCUGUCACGUGGUCGCCGACAGCUGCAAGGAGGACCGCGAGUGCAGAUUGAAGUUGGAGUAUUACGAGCAGGCCUGUGCGGUGGAUAGCGUGACCAAAAAAUGCGCCGGCAGGCCGAGUGGGUGUCGAACCGCAAUGAUUGGCAUUCUGGGCACCAUGUUGAGGACGACCUGCGCCUGCCAAGGAACGGAUCCCCAGCACCUGUACCAGUGCGUUGGGUGGCGGCGUCUGCUCUGGAUGAACCCAUGUGUGGUUGAGGCUCAAAAGGACUUCCACAUGAAGCGAUUGGCUGAGCUCGGUUUCCUCACCACCACAACAACAACGACCACCACGACGACGACGACCACGACGACGACGACCACGCGGGCUCCGCCGCCCCCACCGCCGCCCACCACAACAAGCACUACCACGACCAGCCUGCAGCCGAAGCAGACGCCAAGGAAGCCUGCGACGCACAUCUUCAAGGACGUUAUUACGGCAAAAGAGAAAUCGGAGCCAACAUCGGUGGAACACAAUUAUCUCGAUCCGCCCGAUUCGAUACCGCUGCCCAGCGUGAAUGUCGAGAGCGGCGGAAAUGGCGGAAAUGACGAUUAUCACAAUGGCAACGGCAAUGGACACGGAAAUGGAAAUGGUAACGGCAAUGGCAAUGGCAAUGGCAGACGUAAAAAUGGCGGAAAGGGACGCGGCGGCAGUGUAGAUUUCGAUGAUCCAGUAAUUUUCGCCGACCCAAGGGAAACAACAGAAUUUGUGGGCAUCAGCAUCACGGAGCCGGUAACCACAACAACCACAACAAUGGCCACCACGACAACAACACAGCCGCCAAGAAACUGCGUUGUCCAGCGACCCCGUCAGUCGGAUCAACUUAUUCGGGAAGGCAGCAGCAAGCGAAUCUACUCCUUGGACGACGUCGAGUGCAGUGAGCUGUGCAGCUGCGGCGAGUCGCUCAUCCUCACCUGCCACGCCCUCUGCGUGCCUUUCGCCCCGUGCCGCACCGCCCUCGCCUUCUACAGCCACGCCUCCCCCGCCUACCAGGCGUUCCGCGGACGCUGUUUGUGCUACUCGGGCCGCUUCAUCUGCAUGAAGCCGCCGCUCGGGGAGUACAUUCUGCCAGGUGGCAUUUUCCUGCUGCUCGGAUACAGUGCCGCGGAUGAGGCGCUGCUGAGGCCCCACACCAACCUGGGGGUGCAGGAUGCCGUGCGGGCCCUGCAGCAGUACGUAACCACAUACAUCGAUAAUCAGACGCAGUGCACCCUCACGCUGUUCAAUAUGACCGAGGAGAACAUCAUCAUUGCUGCGAGGCUGCCGCACGACGGCAAACUGAAGGAUAUUGAGUUGCUGCGUAAGGAGAAGGACGAGUGCACCGCGAUACUGAAGACCAUCAGUCAUCAAAUCAAUAGCGAGCACAGCGAGCUCCAAUCCCACCGACUGCUGAGCAUUUUCAAAAUGUCCGAAGUCGAGGUCGUUUGGCCCGAGAGCACAAGUGCGGCGGCCAGAAGUGGACAUGGUCCUGGCCAGUUUGCCGGAUGCCACCGGCUGCUCUACGCGGCCAUGCUCGCGCUGGCGUAUCUCUCCAGGUGGACAACGCUGCGUAUGAGCGAUGUGGCUACAUGACAACCACAUAGCUGAAGGUCUAGGGCCAGGACAAUUGCAUAACUGUACGUAGUAGAAAUUUGUAGGGUGGGAUAAACGGUGGGAAAUGCGCGAGGCAAAAUGCGAUACGUGGAACGAUAGCGAUUACUACAAACUAUGAAGAUGUGGUGCAUACUCUUGGGCGGCGCACAUGGCAUAGCGUAUUCAUAAUGUGUUGUAUACAUCUAGUGGCUAGUUCUUUGUUUAGCUGCGAUUUUCGUGAAGCUUUGUUGUUGACCUUUGACGAUGUUGCUGUCUCUUUUGAUACGUACAUACAUAUGUGAAGCAUUACGGGAUAUACAUGCAAAGAAAACUUGUAGGACAUAUGCCUAGAACUCAUCUAGUUUAAUAUAUAAUUUAAUGUGAAAGGAAACUGCUGUCUACAUAAUAAUAUUGUUAGCCGAUAACAGAGGCACACUCGAUAGUUGGAUUUGAUGUGGCGUGUACAUAGAAGGCAUAUGCAUUAAGUACUAUCCGUAGCUAGAGUUUUAUACGGUAAACAAUAAUAUGAACUCCUGUCUGUCUGUCUGUCUGUCUGUCUGUCUGUCCAUUCGUCAUUAUCGCACCCAAACACACACCUUGCAUCGCUCUUAUUGUUUGCUCUUUGAGCUCUAUAAAGUUCUCAGUCGCGUCAAUUAAAAAGAAUUACCGGCCUUAACAGUGCUUACCUUGUUAAAGGAUGUGAGUGCCUCUCCUGGAUAUGCCAGUUCUCUUUUGAUUUUUAAUUACUAUUUAAUGUGGCAUGGCCCUCGCCUUUGCGCCUUUCCAACUUCCUUCUGCCGGGCAAACAAAUAAUAGUCAGGCGUGCGAAUGAACUCAUUUAACGUAUUCACACUCGCAUUCGCGGCUGAGCGUGCAAAACGUUAUUGUUAAUUUAUUUCAUAGUUUUCCGUUUCGUUUGGAGGUGCGAAAGCAAUUACGGUUUCAUUAUCAAUUAUGCGUUAUGCAUUUCGAUUGUUGCCACAAUUUCGCCGGGGCAGCUUUUACCGCGACCUCGCCUCGUUUCAACAGGUUUCAUUGCUUACCCCGGAAUCCAGAAUCCAGAAUCCAGAAUCCUGUAUCCUGAAUCCUGAAUCCUGAUUACCGUUUCAGUUCGCUGUACAUACUCUUAACACUUUGAACUCAAUUUACGUAAUGAAAUACUAACAGUACAUAUCAAUAUGAACACCUAACGAGUUUUACACGGAAGCGAAAUUCUUACAAUGUCCCUCGAUUGCUCGAAUCUUUUGUACAUAGUUCUUUAUACCACUAUACCACUAUACUAUGCAUAAUAUUUACAACGAUAUACAAGAAACAAAAGCACUUGGCUAAAUCAACCCUAUGAAAUAUGGUAUAAAUACUUGAUUCACGUUAAAGCAGCAAAGAUGAACUGUAUAUUAAACGAAACUUCAGUUGAGCCUUAAACAAAGUAUGCAAGAGCGAGGAAAUAGCUAUUGUAAAUAGGGAUAGGAAUAUUAUGAACACUUGAGUGAAUGGAAUAUCUUUGAAUAAUAGUCGAGUGUUGGAGUGUUAAAGACUCACGCUAUUCACGCACUACUCACUUUAUGUCUAAGCUUGACCAUUUGAAGGAAAACUUGUAGCAGUGUGAGAUGUGCGCAUAUUGAAAAUGGUCACAAUCAUGAAAAAAUGUCUUCCUUAAUGCAUAUACACGGCGAUAUGUAUUAUGUUUAUACACAUUAAUAUAUAUACACAUUCGAACUAAUACCUAUACGAUAUCUGGCAAAACCCUAGCCUAGCCUGCGCUUCAGUUAGACAAAUGAUAAUGUAAUAUAGACACCAAGGGCUAAAACGUAUCUCUAUCGAAUAUCCUGCAAUUAUAACACUGUUAACACAAAUUAAAUCUAACCGCAACAUAUCUAAGUCAAAUAUACCCCUAAAUAAAUAUAUAAAUAUAUAACUAUAUAUAUAUAUACAUAUAUAUAUAUAUAAAUAAAUAUACAUAUGCGUAAAGUUAUAAACGUUAGAGAGCAUUGAAAACUACUUUAAUAGUCUCUAGAGAAAGCAUCGCUUUAUCCUAAAAGAAUAUACGCAGCACGGCAGAAAAGUGUAAAGUUUAUUGGAAACCUGCUUCUAGCUAAAUAUAAUAUUAGACGAAUUUAAGGCUACCCAACCCAAACACUAGCUUAUCGGAGCGGAGCAGCUCGUAGGUCGCUAGGAAUAGGGAAAAUUAGUAGAAUUGUUGGGGCAUUGGAUUUCAGUUCAUUUGCUAUCCUAUCCGUAUCGUUUGAUGGCCCGCCCACAAGUGCAGCAACUAAGUCGUUAUAGUUUCGUAUCAAAUCGGUGGCAGGUCGACAGUUUUGUUUCAUCUCAUCACCUCACUUUUAGGGUGCGGACAAAGCGUAGCUACAAUGUAAAGUACCGUUAAAGUAAACUGAUAAAUGAAAAGUGAAAAACUGGAAGUGAAAAUGAAAAAAUGAAAAAAUGAAAAACAAGAAAAGAAACAAUGAUGAAAAUUACAAAAUAGUCGCAUUAAUGUAAAAAGCAAGCAAAAUGCAAAGGGAAAACUAGCACUCAAAUAGCAAUCUGUAGCAUGGAUACGUGAAUCUGAAUGGCAUCGUAAUGAAAAGCAAAACAGAGCGAAUACUUUGAAAAUUAUGCAUGAGGAGUCGAGAGCCACACUCCAAGUUUAAAGCUGCAAGUUGAAACCUACAUAGUAAUAAUAUAUCAAUAAAUAUACGAUAUGUUAGGAAUGCACACGAGUGCGUGAGUUGUAAGUAAGCGGGCUUUAUGUUAGCGUAUACAACCGAAUUGAGGUAUAAAGUAUAAAGAUAAUUUAUAUAUAAAUUAUGAAACAAUGCAAAGCGAAUAGAAACCAAGCGAUACGUCGUAGCAUAUUUGUAAUAAAAACAAUGUAAGUGAAAAACAAGAAGAACA